CUGGUUGCGGACAUGGACCCCACUGCUCGGAUUUGUGCCCUGAGCAUCUUCCUUCUCUUCCAAGGCUCUCAAGGAGGGGUCUACCAGCGGCAGCUGCUGAAAGCCUUGAUGGAGAAUUAUACCCCUCUGGAAAGGCCGGUGGGGGAUGACGCACAGCCCAUCACCGUCCACUUCACCCUGAGCCUCAUGCAGAUCAUGGAUGUGGAUGAGAAAAACCAAGUUUUGACCACCAAUGUCUGGCUGCAGAUGUACUGGUACGACCAUUACUUGCAGUGGAAUGAAUCGGAAUACCCUGGCGUGAAGACUCUGCGGUUUGCGGCUAACCAGGUCUGGAAGCCCGACAUCCUUUUGUACAACAGUGCCAAUGAAGAGUUUGACUCCACGUUCCACACCAACGUCUUGGUCAACUCCAGCGGCUACUGCCAGUGGCUCCCCCCAGGCAUCUUGAAAAGCACGUGUCGAAUUGACGUCCGCUGGUUCCCCUUCGACACCCAGAAGUGCGACCUGAAGUUUGGCUCCUGGACGUACGACGGCUGGCUGCUCGACCUGCGCAUGCUGGAGACGGACAUCUCUGGCUACGUUGCCAAUGGCGAGUGGGACCUCAUGGGUGUGCCUGGCAGUCAGAACAAAGUGUUCUACGAAUGCUGCCGGGAGCCCUACCUGGACGUCACCUUUGCGGUCACCAUGCGGCGGCGAACACUUUAUUACGCCCUCAACAUGCUGGUCCCUUGCCUCCUCCUCUCGGCCAUGACCUUCCUGGUCUUUCUCCUGCCAGCCGAUUCCGGAGAGAAGAUCUCCUUGGGCAUCACCGUUCUCCUCUCGCUCACCGUCUUCAUGCUGCUUGUGGCGGAGGUCAUGCCGGCCACCUCUGACUCCAUUCCGCUCAUAGGACAAUACUUUGCCAGUACGAUGGGCAUGGUGAGCCUCUCCGUGGUCGCGACAGUCUUUGUGCUCCAGUACCAUCACCACGACCCGGACGGCGGCUGCAUGCCAAGAUGGGUGCAGGUGGUUGUGUUGCAGUGGGGAGCCUGGCUGCUGCGCAUGCGCCAACCCGGGGAGGACCCGGUGGUGCGCCCGCACUGCGCCCCCAGCCUGUUGAGCUGCAGCUCGGACAGCAGCGACGGCAGCGGCACACCAACCCGGCAGGCCCGGCUCCCCGUGGCGCUGGCCAACGGCAACCUCGCCUACUCCGGAGCGCUGCUGCCGGCCAAGCCCCCUGAUGUGCCACGCCCUUUCCUCCCGUCUCCGGAGCUGCCGGCCUCCACUCCCGAGGAACUGCUUGCCGCGCCCGAGCUGGGCCACAUCCUGGAGGAACUGCAGUACGUGGCUCAGUGUUUCCGGGGCCGCGACGCCGCUCAGGCCACCUGCAGCCAGUGGAAGUUUGCGGCGGCUGUCCUGGACCGGCUGUGCCUGGUCACCUUCGCCCUCGUCCACAUCGUGUGCUCCAUCGGCAUCCUCAUGGCCGCGCCCAACUUCCCCGAGGCCAUUACGAAGGACUUCCUGUGACGUUAGGCCCGCAAAACAACAGGUUUCCCCGGCGCCUAGGUUUUGGCAUCCUCCCCUGGCGGCAGCGCAGGUCUUUCCAACGUGGCUUCCCUCCCUAGCGGCAGGAUGUUGCUAGAGGCUUCCUGCGAGGCGAAUCUGGGCAGAGAUUGUUGAGGACAACCAGCCUUGCAGGCCAGGACUUCCGACCCACUUGUGAAGGCUGUCCUGCCGAGUUCUGUGUGCUCAUCUGGAGGACCAAACGGACACCGUACCGACACUCCUGUCCCGCAUGCCAAGUCCGUAACACUCGCCCAGAAGGAUUUCAGAUCCAAACUGCCUCUAAAAUUUACCACUCG